UGACGUGGCUGAGCAUGUCUGUCUUAGACGGUCCACUCCCGCUGCCGCCGUAGUCAGCUUUGCUGCCAACAUGAAUGCGAUGACUCACGCGAAUGUAUAAAGUCGGGUUGUCUUUACCCUCGAUUCCCCAACUGGACACCAAAUAUGCUAAGACAGCUGCUGGCAUCUUCCCUUCUCAUUCUCUGUACUAUCAAGAGUGUGUUGGGAGAUUCUCCCUCCCUUCAGUCAAUCCUCGGCAACGACGACCUCGAAGUCUAUUUCCCGGGUCAGCCAGGCUACCAGAAUGCCUCGCGGGCAUUCAACCUUCGUCUUAACUUCAAGCCCGUCGCCGUUGCGUACCCAAACAGCACGGACCAGGUCGCCGAGCUGGUAAAGGUUGGCGCACUGCUCAAUAUCCCAGUCACUGCCCGUUCAGGCGGCCACUCCUACGCCGGUUAUGGUCUCGGUGGCGCAAACGGCCACCUUGUAGUUGACCUCACUCAGAUUAACGCCAUUAGCGUAGACAACUCUACCGGGGUUGCCACCAUUGGCACUGGAAAUCGCCUUGGAGAUAUCGCCAUCGCUCUUUUCAAUCAGGCGGGGCGCGCUCUGCCCCAUGGGACGUGUCCUUUGAUUGGCAUAGGCGGCCACGCGAGUUUCGGAGGGUAUGGUUUUACAAGCCGCCAAUGGGGCCUCACGCUGGACAACGUCGUCGGUGCAACCGUCGUCCUUGCAAAUGGGACGAUCGUUGAGGCUUCAGCUUCGCAAUACCCUGAUCUAUUCUGGGCCCUGCGUGGUGCGGGCCCUUCGUUCGGUAUCGUCACUCAAUUCCAAUUCACUACUUACGUCGCCCCGGCGCAACCGACAUUCUUCAGCUACUACUGGUCUCUCCCGCUGGAUCAGGCUAUCACAGGCAUAUCACUUUACCAGAAUUUCUCUUUCUCGUCCUCGAUUCCCAAAGAGAUCGGAUUUGAGAUGGACCUCACGAAGGGCAGCAGCGAGGGAGAGAUCUUGCUCAACCUGGUGGGAUCAUACUACGGCAGCCCGGAUCAGUACAGCGCCGUCGUACAGCCAUUCCUUGACGCCAUGACGGCUCCGGCCCAGGUCAAUGUGACGUCGUGGCUUGACAACCUAGUGCUUCUCGCUGGCAGCGCGAUUGCCAGUACGCCUCAAAGCAUCGCUGCCGAGAACAACACUUUCUAUGCGAAGAGUCUCACAACGCCAUCCGAUGCGCCUAUGUCGCAGGAGGCCAUCACCGCACUUGCGAGCUGGAUGUCCGUAGAAGGAUGGUACACAGACACGAAUUGGUUCGUACAACUAGAGUUGUACGGCGGCAACUCUUCGCAGAUCGACACAAUCCCUUCGAACGCUACGGCGUACUUCAACCGACACGAUUUGUGGACUAUACAGUUCUACACCUCGAGUGCUGACGCCGAGCCGCCCUUCCCCAGAGAGGGCUUUGCGUUCCUUGAUGGCCUCGUGGCUUCAAUCACAGCCAACGAGCCGGAGAGCUACAACUAUGGGGCAUACCCUAACUACGUCGAUCCACGCCUGCCUCCGAACGAAUGGCACGCACUCUACUUCGGGUCCAACUUCGAACGUCUCCAACAGAUCAAGACGGAGGUCGACCCGACUGGAGUAUUCACCUUCCCACAAUCUAUGUGA